CUCGUCUCCCAACCACGAGCAGCAAUGCCCGCGAGAGCAGCAAAGGUAGCAGCCGCACAGAGCAGAGUAUGUUCCUCUUCUUCUUCAUCCUCAUCAAGACUAGUCUCAGGUGAAAGUUCAGCGACCCGCAUUCCCACGGCCGCGCUGCCUCUUCGCGCUCAUACACGCGCAUAUCAUGAGCCGCUCCUCCUCGUUGAGCCCUCCAACGAUGACCAAGUCGGGGGCUCCCUGCUCAGCUGGUUCGAGGGCAUCGCAAAGGAGCGUGGCAUGCCCUGGCGCAAGGACUGGAUUGACCCGGCGGCAGAAGAGUGGCAAGGGGAGGAAGGCGCCGCGUUGCUGCGAAGCGCGUUCGAGAAGCGGGCGUACGAGGUUUGGAUCAGCGAGAUUAUGCUCCAACAAACGCGUGUAGCGACGGUAAUCGACUACUGGACCUGCUGGACAACUCGCUGGCCCACAAUCCAGGACCUGGCCGCUGCUCAACCGGAUGAGGUCCUGUCUGCAUGGCGAGGGCUUGGUUACUACUCUCGAGCUACGCGCAUUCACCAGGCUGCACAGAAAGUGGUCGCUGACGCUGAGCUCCGAGGUCUACUCCCAGAGACGGCGUUCGAGCUGGAGAAGCAGGUUCCCGGCGUGGGGCGAUACACGGCGGGCGCAAUCAGUAGCAUCGUCUUUGGGCGGGCCGAAGCGAUCCUCGAUGGUAAUGUCGCGCGAGUGUUGAGCAGGCAGCUAGCCCAUCGUGCAAAUCCCAAGGCGAAGGCGACGACCGACUUUCUGUGGGGGACAGCGCAGCGGCUCGUCGAGGCGGUCGCCCGGCACACGAGCGCAGAGGGUAGGAGCGAUAGGCCGAGCAAGUGGAACCAGGCCCUCAUGGAGCUCGGAUCGACGCUUUGCACUCCGCAGCAGCCGCGAUGUCAUGAGUGUCCCAUCAGGGGAACGUGUAGGGCGUAUGCAGAGGGGGAGGCGCUGGCGGUGAGGAGGGCGGAGAUGCACGAGUCGCUUGCUGUCCAUCCGCAGCAGUUGAGCGAAGAGGUGGCGGACAUUGAGGACCUAUGCCAAGAGUGCGAGCCGCUCGAUGAGAUGAGCGGGGGCGAAGCGGUGGCCGCAGCCAGUGCCGAAGGAUCGAGGAAGCGCAAGAAUGGCGAGAAACAAGCGACGUCCGCCCAGCCUGUGAAGAAGGCAGCCAAGCAAGGUUCGCUGCUCAGUCACUUCAGCAAGAAGGGCAACGGCAGUACGGCUGCAUCAUCACCAUUCACUUCUAGCAACGGUCAGUCGGUAGACGAAGCGGCGGUCUCGCCUUCCUGCCUUUCUACCCCUCGCCAGCUUCCACCAGCCGCUCUCCUCACCAUCCAGACGCACGUCAAGCAGUACCCACUCAAGGCGGUCAAGACCAAAGUGCGCGAGCAAGACGGCAUCGUAUGCGUCGUUCAGCACAGCACCGACUCCAAGCGGCAGUGGCUGCUCGAGCAGAGGCCCGACACAGGGCUCCUCGCCAGCUUGUGGGAGUUUCCAACACUUUUGCUUCCUGCGGCAGGAGAGGCUGCGAAUGGCAAAGCGAAGAAGAAGCGCGGCAAGACGACGGAGGAUGACGAUGACGAUGAUUAUGAGGAAGAGGAUGAAGGGCCGUCGAAGACCUCAGGGAGCGCCUUUAUGCCAGACGACGCCUCCACGAUCGAGGCAGCUCGUAUGUUCCUGCUCCAGCGCAUUCAUAACGAGCCGCCUUCACUCGGCCACUCCAACGUCAUAUCGCAAGGCUAUCACUCCACGAUCACGCACGUCUUUUCUCACCUCAAGCUCCACAUGCACGUACACUGCUUCGCCGUCGUCGAAGAGGGAACCAGCAAUGGGGACCGCAAGCAAUCCGCCUCACAGCUCAAGAGAAGCAAGCGGGAGGAGCGCAUAGGCCCGCUCAAGUGGCGGAGCAACGACGAGGUCGAGGCCGAAAGCAUGGGUACGGGAAUGCGCAAUGUCUGGGCGUUGAUCAAGGACUCAGGGGGCGGUGCUGCCAAGCAGAAGAAGCUCAAGCGCUGAUGCGGAGCGUGAUGGGCGCAUGUUUGAUUACAUGGUGUGGGCAGAUGUUAAAUGUCUGGUGCUUACAGCGCAUCGUUGUAGAUGCUUGGGGCCGAUCGAGAAUGCCAUCCAAUGAUACCCAC